CGAAAACAAUCAAACUGGACAAGCUAUAAGAAUGGGCGCUGUGUGCUGCCUAGGCCGCGUCGCCCCUUCCCAUAGUCGCUCGGCAGCCUUCGUGUGACUGGCGGGGUGGUUUUUGAGAUCUUCGCUCCUUCCACAACCGAGUAGCUUCGUCGACGUGCGAAACCUUGCACCACCAAUUAUCCCCAAGCUCUUCUCCGCGCCCAGCCUCCAGCAUGACGACAGUCGCCGUAACGACAGAGAUGAAACGUGCCGUUGCGCCCGCCGCGCUGCAGACGUUCGUAUCAAUCGCUCCCGAGGCAGCCGCAGCAUCAAGCCACCUUCCGAAUGAGUUAUCGCUCGCCCGCCAGAUACUGCACAACCUCCAGUACCAGCACUAUUGGUCCGACCUCCACGUACACACGCACUCACCGACUACCCACGAGCCCCUUCCCCGUCCGCUGGUCUCUGGCCUGCCCCCGCGCCGCCUCUACGUACACCCCGAUGAGCAGGUGGAGCUGCUGAAGAAGGCCGAUCGCGAAAGGAAGGCGCGCGCUGAGGGCGAUGCAGGUGGUUUGGAGGUCAAGGCAGAGCCUGAGCGCGAAUGGAUACUGCCCACCAGGCUGAACGAGAAGUGGACGCUGCGUCGGCUGGCCCACGUCUUCGAUGCCAUCACUAUGGUCCCGCCUGCAGCAGACGCGUCGACAGUAGAGGGGGAUCGCCCUACCAACCCAUGGAGAACAACCAAGCGCGUACUAUUAGCGUCAGUAGACACGGACAGCACGGUCGUCUACUAUAUUGUGCACGAUGGCGUUGUCAAGCCCCGCCAGAACUGAACAGGGCGUUGCGCCAGUCGUCAUACACAUCUGCUAUCGCAGCGCAUAUUGACCAGGCUAUCACAAAAAGCCCACAUACGAGAUGGUGCAUACGGCUACGAAGGACCGAAAGUUUUUCAGC